GCCAAGGGCGACCCUGUUCUAAAACCAAACACGCUCCGAUCGCCAAAAACGCGACCCCCCUAGUUUUUGUCGCGCAUUCCAGCAAUAUUGAAAUCGCGUGCAUUUGGCAGCAACGACACCCCCUAACUUAGUAUUUGCGUGUUUUUUCUGCUUUUCAUGUCUCCUUACACCCUUCGUCGCUUCGGCUCACCCGCGGCUUCCUUUCCCUUCAUGGCGAUGGUAGACCCAGCGGACGGGUUCGCGGCUGCCAUAGCUCGGAGCUCUGCUCUUUGCCCCACGCCAUCCCCGAUCACCAGCGCGUGCUUCACAGCCCCAGUCAUUCCGUCGCCGAGAUCGUGGGAGCGUAUUCCUGUCGAUUCCGCCACUGCGGGCCGUCGGCAGCGAAAGAUCUGGAAGCGUGUGGGCGGGAUUACCUCGGCUGCUUUCGACGAGAGCUAUGCUCGAGCUGUGGCAGAACUUGAGAGUCAAGGUCAAGGGCCACGGAAGCGUGCUCGGCACGAGAAAUACAUCCCACCCUAUGGAGAUGCGAAAUGGGGCAUCAGAGCCGGGAAAGAACUUGACGGCGAAUGGGACCUAAUUGAGGCACGAGUUGCAGUGUCAAUUGCGAAUAAAGAAACAGAAGCAAAAGCCCCUAAUAGCACCGCUUCGAAGCACCGAGCACAUACCGACUCCGUUUCGCAAUGGAUCCCACGGAAGCGUCACAACUCUCGCUGGCCAAUUGAGCCCAAGAAUAAGAAGUCGUUGCGCAAGCUCGGCGAUUUGCAGCCCCUUAUCGAGUUCGCCAUGCCAUCACUAGCUCAGCUGUCGGCAGCCCAGUUGGACGAUGCUAAAGAGCAAGUCAACGACAAUCAAGUAAUGACGAAAUCGACACGUCGCCUUAGCAGACGUAUCUCUAUCGGCCUCGGAGAAGAGUCGUCUCGCAAGAUUUCCACCAUAGCCCUGACGCCAGGCAAAACAGCCGGACCAGCCAUGUCGCCGGUCAAGAGACCCCCUGUCACGUCGCCGAAGAAGGUUGCAGAGUCACCUCUUCGCACGUUCACGGUUAAUGCCACACCGUGCAAAGUCGUGCUGGAAUCACCCAAGACCAGCCCGAUAGUCAAAUCACCAUCAAAAUCCUCACCUCAUACCCACACCGAGGUUACUUCAGUGGCUGGCGUUGACAAUUCUCCUCUUGUCUUUGAUCAGCCGACUUCUGAUAUUACAACUCUACCGGCACACGAGACUCGAAGACGUCUCUCUCUGAAUGCCGCCCGACGGAUUGAGCGUCGCGCAAGCGGAGGCCUUAAGAUGGCAACCGUUUUCCACGCUGAAAAGCCUAACCGGCGGCACAGCUUUAACACGACUUCUACCUGGCUUGGAUUGGGAUUGGAUACGCCCAAAGCCUUAAAUUCUAGCAGCGCGCUCGUCGAUAAGGAUGGCAGCUCGGACCAGCUCGCGGAGUCGUCUCCCAAGGGGCAAGCACCUCUUUCGCCUGUUCCAGCACUUUCACCUGUUGUGGUUGAUGCAGGAACUAAUCUUGACAUCUUUGGUCAAGGGCGCAAGUCUGUUGCCGAGUCUGCAAUUCCUGUGGCUUCGGAUGAUCAGAUGUCGAAGGAUAUCGACCUUGCCGAGUCUGCAAUUCCUAUGGCUGCAGACGUUCAGGAGGAUAUCGACGUUGUCGAGCCUGUAAUUCCUGUGGCUACGGAUGAUCAGAUAUCGAAGGAUAUCGACGUUGCCGAGCCUACAAUCCCCGCGGCUACGGAUAUCCAAGAGGAUAUCGACGUUGACGAGCAAUCGGAGUUCGAGUUUCCACCUCACGAUCCUGAAGGCUUAUCGACGAUUUUUGAGGAGUCAUACGUCUCGGACGCACAGACUCCACAAAAACUGGCUAGUGGGCCGUCUACGACAAGCCCCAUUUCCGCCGUCGGGUCACUGGAGAAGACUGAAGAGAAGUUCUGCUCGUUUAGAGUUCCGGAGAGUGCAGAGACACCCAUUAGGAAUGUAGACGAGGAUAGCACACCGUCUCAACCCCGCCAGGUUGAGUCCGGUUUCACACCCAUCAAUAUCCGACAGAUCUCGCCGCAAAAUGGCAGCCCAGUACAUGUCGAAGGUCCUAUAGAGGACACUCAAAUGACCUCGGGCGAUGUCGAUGAAGAAGUGUACGACGAGUUAAUGCUCGAGGGAGAUGAAGUCGCAAUGGUCCGCGUGGAGAAUGAUACGCUCGAACUGCAUGCCCUUCACGAGGAUUCUGAGACUGAAAUGUUGCGGAAGUUUGUCACGCGGGUAACGGCUGAUAAGAACGCCAAAGCCGCAGCUGCCGCAGCCGCUCUGGCUCUGAAAUGCCUUCCCAAGCGCCGAUCUGGCUCAACCGGAUCAAUAACGUCUUCAACUGGCUCGCCGAUUUCCAAAUCCGAUGCCGCCAUCGGGAGGUCUCCUCUUUCUGAACGGAGCCCGAACAGCCCUGGUCCGAUUAAAAAGCGGAAGCUGGGCGAUGUGAGCAAAGGAGAUGACGGCAAGAAGGACAUGGGCGAUACCCCGACAGACGGCCCACGACUCAAGCGUCGACGAAGACGCCUCGACCCCGUGUUAGCGGGUGCAAAUGACUUUACAACCGCACAGGAGUUGUCCGAGUCGAUCUCCUCUACGUCGGCGCCCCGUCGAUCACUUCGACCACGGAGCGCACGCGUUACCCUCAAGCCGGCCGCACCUUCGGCGAACUCGGCAGCCUUGUCCAUGAUCCCAAUUCGUCUUCCCGGAAUGAGCAUGAUGGACGAGUCGAUAGUGGGAUCGCCUCAUCAAAGGGGCAGCUCGGAUCAUGACGCUUCAUCCAUGAUCACGUACGCCAAAAGCCGUAACGAGCAAAAGGACGUCGCAACCGUCACGCGAGCGAAUACUCGCAAAAACAAGGGGAACUCUCUUUUUCCGAGGGCCGUUCUCUCACAGCAGGCCGCGGGGAAGAGCGUCUUUGACGCGAAAGAGGUCCGCUCCGUAGAACCACGCGACAAGGAGGCCCCGGAUGGCGGCAAGAAGGGGACGACCAAGGGUGUCCGAUGGGCGGAGGAGCUAGUUCGGUACCAGACCGACGAGACGGCCACCAAGGCCAUGUCGAGCUCCCUUCUGGCAGACGUGAUGAUGGAAGACACAUCAUCCGACGAGGGCAACGAGCUCGCCCUCCAGCCCGAGGCGCCGAGGGCGGCGGUUGACAAGGCCGCCCCUGUGAAGAAGUCGGCGGCGGCCAGGCGCACCCGGUCGUCAAAGAUUCUGGCGCCGACGCCUGUCAAGAAGGUGACGGCAGAGAAGGUGCCCGUCGCGGCAAAUCCGCCGGCCCUGACGACGGCGGCGAAGUCGUCCAAAGCGGGCGAGAAGAGGGCCGGAAUGGCCACAAGGCAAUCAAGGAUUGCCAAACUGGGGAUGAGUGCCAACGGCACGCCGGCGCCGAAGCGGCGCGGUAGACCGCCCGCCUAGGUGCUGGCGUGCCGUUGGUGUGUGGUUUGAGUAUUUGCGUUUGUUUGAGUGAUUGCAUUUGUUGGAGUACUUUGCGUGGUAACAAGUUUGGUAGUGGCGAGAAUACCCCGGGGCGAGAUGAGUUUGUUUGUGUGGUGUUUGGUGUUGGGUGUUAAAUUAUUUUGUCGGUUUGUUUUGUCAGAUCAUUUUAUCGGUUUAUUCUUUCGGUUUAAUUUACAGCAUCUGUCGGUAUUGCGAACAUUCCCGUCGUUGCGUGUGUCUGUAUUCCAAAUUUUCAUGUCCAUCUCAUCACCCUUGAUAGACGUUCCUAGAAUUAGAACUUUGAGGUGUGUAAGUGGUGCGUGAAGGUCUGUCAUUUCUUGGUCCGACUGCCUGAUCCGUGUAGGACGGAUGAAGACUUGAUAGCCUUGUUGGGCAUAUGCUUCAAGAUUGACGCUAUCUAGACAGAUGUCAAAGUUAUCUGAGGCCAUCUUAAAUGUUGCUGAG